UAUUUAUGGAUGCUUGAAUUUUACAUGAGUGUGUGUUUUAAAUAAAUAUUCAUUGUAGGGCAUAGUCCAUCAUAAAGACCAGUCGUGUCACAGGGCGACAAAGUGUCAUCAAGAUAGUAUUAUCAAUGUUUUUAUAUUAAGAGAUAUCUCAAUAUUAUUAUUAAUUAAUAUAUAUAUAUCAUUGUUUUCUCAUUGUAUUUAAUUUCAAUUGAAAAAUUCAUUUACUUGUGUUUAAGCACGACUCAAUUAUUUUUAAAUAAAUAAUUAAUCUUUCAAAAAAAAUCUAACGGUUUAUUUAUUUCAAAUGUCUUUGCUUGGUGAUAAAAUAAAUGAGCCAAAAUUGUCAAUGGAUUUUUCAAUAAAACCAAUAACAGCUGACGCAAAAUUAAAAGUACUUGGUUUUAUGAAAAAAAAUUUCUUCAAAGAUGAACCACUAAAUAAUUCAGUUAAUUUAAUUGAUGGUAAAGAUACAACUUGUAUUGAAUUGGAAGAAUAUUCAAUGUCAUCACUCGAUGAAAAUUUAAGUUUAAUGGCUGUAUCAUCAAGUGGAAUAAUUGUUGGAGUUAUCAUCAAUGGAAAAACAGAAAUACCAGAUAUCAAUGAAGAGCCAGAUUAUAUAAAAAAUUGUGAAAAUAAAAAAUUUAAAAAAAUCAUGAAAUUAUUACAUUACGUUGAUCAAGAAAUUAAUAUACCAGAAAAAUAUCCAGAUAGUAAUUGUCUUGAUAUUAAAAUUGUAUCAGUUGAUAAUAAUUGGCGAGGAAAAGGAAUUGCAUCUGCACUUUUUAAAAAAACAAUUGAAAUUGGUAAAGAAUUGGGUUUCAAUUUGAUACGCACUGAUUGUAGUUCUCAUUUUACUGCUCGACUCUGUCAACGUAUUGGUUUUCAUCCAAUUUAUGAAUUAAAAUAUUCUGAAUAUCUUGAUGACAAUGAACAACCAGUAUUUACACCAGCACCACCACACAAUUCCAUUGUCACUUAUAUCCUUAAAAUUUAAUUUUGUAUUUUUAAUUUAUUAUUUUUAUCUAUAUUAAUAAUUAUACUAUGUAAUAAAUAAAUACUCACAAAAAACAAAUAAACAUUGUAAUAUUAAUAAUAAAGUCAAUAAUAUUUAAAUAAAAAUUAAUUAUUAUUUUAAAUUAAAUAAA